GAAGCAGGCGGACGUGUUGCAACAGAUGGCUUCACCAGCGGCGGCUCGGCGGCUGCAGCACCGCCGUUAGACACACACAGAGGGAGGGAGGGGAGCUCGUGAGCGUGGCUGUGGAACAAAUCAAGAGAAAAGGAAGAGAGCGAGACUUUCACCUCCUCCUCUGCUUCGGCUCACAAACUCACUCUUCCUCUCCAGACACACAGGAGCACACGCCGGUGUGAGCGCAAGUUUGAAAAACACAUUAUUUUAUGGAUUUCCGAAACUGAGGGGAGUUAUGGAGGUGGCGGUGUGAACCCAGCCUUCCUCCCCUUCCUGCCGGAGGGGUCAGAGGGGAGAACACCUGCUGACAGCGAGGAGUUCCUGAAGGAGGCGACGCAGCCGCAGGAGGAGGAGGAGGAGGAGGACUGAACACAGCGGGAAACGCCACACACACCUGACAGGUCCCUGCUGAGCCCAGCGCUGUCAAACACUCUACAGCAUCAGAACAAGAAGCUGAGACAACUUGUGGGAAGCAGCUGAUUGGUUGACCUUUGUGGGGAGGCCCGGGGGUCAAAGGCCAUGGCGGGUCGACUUCUCCUCUUCCUGUUUGUCUCCGUGGCGCUCUGCCACGCUCAUUUUUCUUCUACGCAACGCCUGAAGCCCCGCCUCCAGAGAGACAGACGCAACAUCCGACCAAACAUCAUCCUCAUCCUGACUGAUGACCAGGACAUGGAGCUGGGUGACUGAAACUCCACUACCAGCCUCAUUAUGAGCAUUAGUCUGACUGUCUGUACUGUUAAUGUGAUUGUUGGUAACACACUGAAUGCCUUUGUGACCACGCCCAUGUGCUGUCCGUCACGCUCAAGCAUGCUCACUGGGAAGUAUGUUCAUAACCACAACACCUACACCAACAACGAGAACUGUUCCUCGCCGUCUUGGCAACGGCAGCACGAGCCACGGACCUUCGGCGUUUACCUCAACGACACUGGAUACAGGACAGCCUUCUUUGGAAAGUACCUGAAUGAGUACAACGGUUCGUACGUUCCCGCCGGGUGGAGGGAAUGGCUCGGAUUGGUGAAGAACAGCCGCUUCUACAACUACACGCUGUGUCGCAACGGCGUGCGAGAGAAGCACGGAGCGCAGUAUCCACAGGACUACCUGACCGACCUGAUCACGGCAGAGUCGAUCCGAUACUUCCGCUCUUCAAAGCGACUUUAUCCUCACCGCCCUGUCCUGAUGGUUCUGAGUCACGCGGCCCCUCAUGGACCCGAAGACUCUGCCCCGCAGUACAGCACCGCCUUCCCCAACGCAUCGCAGCACAUUACUCCCAGUUAUAACUACGCGCCGAACCCAGAUAAGCACUGGAUCAUGCGCUACACCGGCCCCAUGAAGCCCAUUCACAUGGAGUUCACCAACAUGCUGCAGAGGAAACGGCUGCAGACGCUUCUGUCUGUGGACGACAGCGUGGAGAAGCUGUAUAACAUGCUGGUGGAGACGGGCGAGUUGGAAAACACCUACAUCAUCUACACGUCAGAUCACGGCUACCACAUCGGCCAGUUCGGCCUCGUUAAAGGUAAAUCUAUGCCGUACGAGUUUGACAUCAGAGUCCCGUUCUACAUCAGAGGACCUAACGUGGAGCAGGGCAGCAUUAACCCUCACAUGGUCCUAAACAUCGAUCUGGCUCCGACCAUCCUGGACAUCGCUGGCGUCGACACGCCUCCAGAUAUGGACGGAAAGUCGAUAAUGAGUCUGCUGGACACAGACAAACCUGCCAACAGUCACAGAUGCAGCAUGAAAAAGGAGGUGUGGAUUUCCUCCCUGCUUGUUUGACGUUUUUACAGGAAGCUGCUCCACCAGGUCGUCGAAGGUAAGGAAGUAUCGCAGGAGGAGAACUUCCUGCCCAAACGCCAACGAGUCAAAGACCUCUGUCAGAGAGCCGAGUACCAGACGCCCUGCCAGCAGACGGGACAGAAGUGGCAGUGUGUGGAGGACGCCACGGGGAAGCUACGCCUCUUCAAAUGUAAGAAUGAAGGAGGGGCCAUGAGCUUCCAGAGGGGUGUGAUUGGCCGUCAGCGUCCAAUCAGCAUCAAGUCUCAACUGUACCUUCCGAAUUCUGGUGCCUGCGACUGCGAUUUCCGUGACCUGCGACCUCUGAACCUUCGACCCUCCAUGAUGAAGCCGUUCAACAAGAAGCCUUUCUUCUCCAAAAAGAAGUUCAAAGCCCUGAAGAAUUACUCCAGGAACCGUUACAGCCGCUCUCUCUCCAUGACGAACAAUUACCCCGGAAACCAGAGCCUGGCAGGCUGGGAUCAGCCAAUGAGAGACGAGUCUGAGGACGAGUUUAGCGGGAUGGGAGGAGAUCCCAACGCCGUGGUCACACCCAACUCUGUCAAAGUCACUCACCGAUGCUCCAUCCUGGCUAAUGCAACAGUGAAGUGUGACACGGGAGUGUAUCAGUCCCUGCAGGCCUGGAAGGACCACAAGCUGCAUAUCGACCACGAGAUUGAGACUCUGCAGACGAAGAUAAAGAACUUGAGAGAGGUCAGAGGUCACCUGAAGAAGGCCCGCCCCCAGGAGUGUGACUGCAGUAAAUAUCUGUACAAAUCCAAACUGAAGAACAAACUGAGGUACAGAGGAGGAAGUCUGCACCCGUUCAGGAAGGCCGGGGCUCGGGACAAGAAGGCGUGGCUUCUGAAGGAGCAGAAGAGGAGGAAGAAGAUGAGGAAGAUGAUCAAGAGAAUCAGAAACAAUGACACGUGUUCAAUGCCAGGACUUACCUGCUUCACUCAUGACAACCAGCACUGGCACACGGCGCCGUUCUGGACGUUGGGUUCAUUCUGCGCCUGCACCAGUGCUAACAACAACACGUACUGGUGUCUGAGGACCAUCAACGAGUCCCACAACUUCCUGUUCUGUGAGUUUGCGACUGGCUUCCUGGAGUACUUUGACCUCAGCACAGACCCGUACCAGCUGAUAAAUGCUGUCAGCUCUUUAGAUCGGACGGUUCUCAACCAGCUCCACGUGCAGCUGAUGGAGCUCAGAGGGUGCAAGGGACACAAACAGUGUAAUCCUCGCACGCGCUCAGUGGAACCAGUUUGUUGCAUCAGGCUGUUUGAGAGGAGGAAGUGGCAGAGAGUCAAGAAACCUUCAUCGUCUCGAACCCUGGGUCCGAUCUGGGAUGGAUGGAAGGGCUAAACCUUUAGAUUGGUUGAACUCCACCCACAUCAGCUCGAAGGUGGAGGGCGUGGUCGUCAAGACAUCAUCACCAAUUGACCACCACGGCUCCGCCUCACCUGUCAGCCAAUCAGCUUCUUUAGUCUAUGUGACAUCACCAGGACCUCCCACCCUGCCGCUCAGGGAGACACUGGGACAAAAUAGUCGACGCACCCCUCCACUGGGUGCUCCCGCUUCCUCCUCUUCCUCCCUUGACGAGGAGGGGAGCACCAUGUGGAGGAGCAAGAAGAAGGAGGAGGAGAGGAUGAGGAGGAUGAUGGGGAUGAGGAGGAGGCAGAGAGGUAGACGAGAAAACCGUGAUUGUAAAGUAAAAGCAGGCUUGUUUGAGGAAAAACUUUUUGCUGUUUCACACCACCGAACAUCAAUCUGCUGAAAAUCUAUUCUUCUUAUCGACUCCUGUUUCCAUCUCGUCUCUGACAGAAACCAUGUUGCUUCAGGUGUUCAUUAAGCACUCUUUGAGUUUAAUUUUUUUCAGACACCAACGCUGGAGCGUCAGUUUAUAAAAACGUUUCUUUUCUUCGUUUUUUUUGAGCGACUCUGUUAAAGACGGAAAAAUUCAGAUAGAUGUUAUUUUCCCAUUUUUGUCUCCAGUGAGGGAACAACACAAACAGCUUCUGCCGUGAUGAAAUAAAUGUUGCGUACCAACCUCUUAACUUUAUUUUUGAUACAUUUUCUUGCUAUUACGCUAUGUUGAAAAUGGUAAAUUGGUAUUAAUAACAAGAAAAUGUUCAUAAGGAAAUGUUUUUCCUUGAUACAGGAAACUUUGCUCCAUAAAGAUGGAAUAAAUUAAAAAGAGGAAACAUGUGAACCCACUAUGAGGACGAACAUUUGUAUUUUUUAUGGCUUUACAGUUUUUUACAAAAUAUAAGAUAAUAACCUAAAUCAUAAAUAUCAUAAAUAUUGAAAGCAGAUAAACUGUCACAGAAUAACCAGAAUUUUGUUUCCACAAUAAUGAAUAAAUAAGUAAAAUAAAUUCUCAUCUCUUUAAAACAAGAACAAAUAUUUUAACAUAUUUUUGAAGCUUUGGGGGAAAAUGUUCCAGCUGCAGUUGUUUCUGACAUUUUUGUCAUAUUCUGAGUUUUAUAAGAAACAGUGACAUGAAUACUAAAAGAUUUUGGAAAUGUGAAGUAUUUUGAAAUUUACAUUAUUAUCUGACACAUUUCCUUAGAGGGGAAAAAUGAUAUAUCACAAUAACAGGAGAAUAAAGUCUGAUGAGAUUAAAAAGUAGUGAAACUUUGUUGUGACACAAUAUCCUGAGUCCGUCAUUGUUGAUCAGCUUUUUAAAGGUAGUAGAAGUUUUGACAUAUUUUCACAUUCUUAGAAAAAUAUUGUUAUCACUUGAUUCAUCUUCAAAACAAAAGAAAUGUAAUGAUGACAAAAGAAACCAUAAAUAAGUGUAAACGAGUAUAAAAGAACUUUAGGCUGUUUUCAUGAUAUGAAAUUAAACAAAGUUUUAGUUUUUAAUAAGAAAAAGAGGUAAAAGUAGGAUUUUAAAGCUCGUUGAAAUUUUGAGAUCAUCAAAAAUAUAGUAACACAUAUAAACUCACUCACUCUGAUUAUGUGAAGUUUUACAAGAAACAUUGUUAACAUGCUGACAGCUGGGAUUGUGUUAUUCAGUUCAAUUCUUUGGCGACAGUGGGAAGGAAAAACUCCCUUUUAACAGGAAGACAGAACCAGGCUCAGGGAGGGGCGGGGCCAUCUGUUGUGAUUGGUUGAGAUGAGAUAGAAUUAUAAAAUAAAACAUUUCAUUUUCAUGUUAUUUUGACGUAUUUAUCAGUUUUUUUCCUUCUAAAACAAUAAAUCAUCUCAUCGUAAGGAGAAAACACAGAGUACAUACAAGUACAAAUUGUUUUUUACGAUGUUACUUUUCAUGGUUUCAUGGGCUGUUAAAUCAUCUGUUUGGGAAUAAUAGUCUUAUCUACACACAGUUAUUUUAUUAUUAUCAUUGUUUUAAACUACACGUGAAAGAUGGUUUUAAAGCCUCCGUGUUUUGGUGGUCAGAAACCUUCAUCAAUCAUCAUCAAUGAACUGUACGGGGGCAUCACUCAGACAUGCAUACCUGCUAAUUACAGCUAAUUAACAGGCUGAUAAAGAAGAAGAAAGAUUAGCACAAAUCUCUCAGAAAGUCCUGUUAACCACAUUUAUCAGGUAAAUGUAGUUAGAGAACUUGUGUUGCAGACACAUUUUGGUCUGUAGUGAGCGUGGUCGUCGUUGGCCAACCUUUGAUUCCAUCUUCUAAUAACGAUCUUAUAAAUGUAAGUAAGAAAGCUGCCAUAUACGUCUCAUGUUUACAUUAUUCCUUGUAAAAACAGAAUCUCAUGAUAGCAAGAAAAAAUGUCAAAUAUAAAAAUGAGAAGUUAUUUUUUUAUUGAAACGUUUUUGUCAUAAUUCAGUAUAAGAAAGUAUUUUAAUCUCUGAUAUUCUGAUCAUGAUGAAAAUGUGUUCGUGUUGAACCUCACAGUGAAGAGGCUCGCCAUUUUUACACAGAAGUAUAGAAGUGAAACCUCCUCCUCCUCCUCCUCCUCAGGUGACCUCCCAGUGGCCUCAUUUGUUCUCCAUGUUCAUAUUUAGUCUUUCUAACCAUCCAUGAGGACUUUAAAGGACCUGCUCUCCCUUUUCCUGUUGUUACUAAACGGAGACUGAAGCGGACGCCACAAACUUUCACGCCGACCACUCUGACAUCACUGCUGAUGCAAAUGUGAUGUUGCUUUUUUCCCCUUCGCUAACUUGGGUGUCGGUUACCGUAGUGACCGACAGCUUUAUUGAUGACAGAGCUACAGUUGUACUAACCUGGUGACUGACUACAGUUCCCAUGAUGCAAUGCAGCAGCCCCGAAGAGAAGAACACGUCAGAGUCAAAGAGAACAAACAAUUGGGGGAAAAGGUCUGUUAGUGUCUCGUGAGCCGUGAAGCGAGGGCACGGUGAUGAUGUCAUCAGGUCUGGAAACAAAGAAGAGUUCACGGAGAUCUGGUUCGGUGUUUUGGUUUUUUAACGCUUCAUCGUCCAAUCACGUUGUACCUACACACCUUCCUUUUGGUUCUGUUGUUUCGUCCGCUCAGCUGAGUUUUAAAGUAUUUUUUUUCAUCUAGAUCAACAACGGAACAUAUAAGAUGUAAAUUGUAACUGUAGAAAAGCACGACUGUUUUCACACAGGAAGUCAAAACGUUGAAGUCGUUUAUUUUUGAAUUUCCACGUCUGAAUAUUAACGCUGAGUGUUGAGAGAAGAUCACCAUCAGUACAGCUGGACAGGAAGUGAUUUCAGGCUAAGCCCAGGUUUCUGUCGGUGUCCCCUCAGUUUUCUUACCUACAUCUGGUCCCGCUUGUGUUUCUUAUAUUUCCCAGAAUGCUGUUCAGCUGUUCGUUUUAUGGUUUUUAUGGACCUGUUCUGCGUUUCAGUAUUUUCUGUAACAUAUCAGCUAUCCAGUAUUGGAUGUUCAUAUUAAACAUGGCCAAAGUUCAAAACACAAAGGUCAGUGUGUACAAAUAAUCACCGCGAGCGCUGGGCUUCAGACUCUCAACAGUCAGUUUCAGCGCAUUUUUUCAGUGCUUGGGUCUGUGUGAUGUCAUAGAGAGGAAAUAUCCCUAAUAUUGUCAUGUCAGGCACAGCCUCACCCACCUGCAGCAGAAACAGCAGAAAUCUGGAUUGUAGGAGCUAAAACAGGCAGUGAAGCGAGCACCACGGCCCUGUUUGACAUAAAGAAGGAUUAUUUUGAACUUGGACUCAGCAAAAGCUACUCUAGAGAGUCCAAGGCUGAAAAUGUGGAGCUGGAAAUUAGCAGAACAGAUGUCGGUGAACUCGGUGAUCCAAAUUAUUCCCUGAAGUUAGCAGUCGUACGUUAUAACCGUCUGUGUAAUAUCAUUUUUUAAAAAGUUUGGAUUUAAUGUGUGGAGUACCGAACAGCUCAAGGGUGAAGAGGGAGAUCACACAGUGACCUAACAUGAUAUCAUAACACCACAGUGAGACAGCUGUUCAUUGGCUAAUCUCACGCUAAUGUCAUAUCAGAGUUGCCAUGAUGAAGAGUUCUGGAGGUGAUUUUCUUCCUGUGUGAAUGCAGCUGUCACUCUGCUGUCUGUAGACGUUUUUUCUUUCUUUCUUUAACCCCAAAGUGUAUUUUGCUCUGCGGUGCUAUUUGCUGUCUAACAGAUAUCUAGGAAAAACCUUCUGGUUGUGUUUGAAUGUAUUUGUAAAUGUGUAGGCGUGUCUUCUGAAGACGCACACGAGAACCGGACCGAUGUGGUCCAGCUGAGCCUGGACAGACGCGCACAUACACACCUUCACUUUAUCCACCCCGACACACACGCACACACGCGCACACACACACUGAAGGACAAACUGCAGAGCACUUUGAUUGGAGGAUGCAGGGGACGAAUGAACCAAUGGCGGGUUCGUGGUGAGGCAUGAUGUAAAGCUGCCAUGUGCAGCCGGUUAAUACUGAUCUAACACACCUGUACAGUCACCCACUGACCUGUGGAUACAGUGAUUGGUUUUAGUUUGUGAAUAAAGUGUUGAAUGCCAAACUGUG